AUGGCAGGCAUAUUUGAGGCACCGCGGAAUGCGGAUACUCUUUUCCUCGGGGGACAGAAAAUCACCGGAGCCGAUGUUCGCGAGCAGAAUGUACUUGCUACGCAAGCCAUCUCCAAUGUUAUCAAGAGCUCCUUCGGACCUUCUGGAUUGGAUAAGAUGAUGGUUGACGACAUAGGGGAUGUGACCGUGACAAAUGAUGGAGCUACAAUUCUCUCUUUGCUGGACAUUGAACACCCUGCCGGCAAGAUUCUUGUUGACCUCGCUCAGCAGCAGGACAAGGAGGUCGGAGACGGUACUACCUCGGUUGUUCUGAUCGCCUCAGAGCUCCUGCGACGAGGAAAUGAGUUGAUGAAGAACCGCAUACACCCUACCACGAUCAUCAACGGAUACCGCCUGGCUCUGCGUGAGGCUGUUAAAUACAUGAACGAGAACGUAGCGACAAAGGUGGAGAACCUCGGCCGAGACAGCUUGAUCAACAUUGCAAAGACCUCCAUGUCUAGUAAGAUCAUUGGCUCUGACUCGGAUUUCUUCGCAAACAUGUGUGUGGAUGCUAUGCUCCAGGUGAAAUCGACAAACCAGAGGGGCGAGGUUAAAUAUCCCGUCAAGGCCGUCAACUUGCUCAAGGCCCACGGAAAGAGCGGUACUGAGUCCGUACUCGUGAACGGCUAUGCUCUGAACUGUACCGUUGCCUCUCAGGCCAUGAAGACCCGCGUGACAGAUGCCAAAAUUGCUUGUCUGGAUAUGAACUUGCAAAAAGAGCGCAUGAAGCUGGGCGUGCAGAUUACGGUGGAUGACCCUGAUCAAUUGGAGAAGAUUCGUGAGCGGGAGGCUGGCAUUGUCUUGGAGCGGGUCGAAAUGAUCCUGAAGUCUGGUGCUAACGUUGUUUUGACUACCAAGGGUAUUGAUGACAUGGUCUUGAAGACCUUCGUUGAGCGCGGCGCUAUGGCUGUUCGUCGUUGCAAGAAGGAGGACUUGCGUCGUAUCGCCAAGGCCACUGGUGCUACACUCAUCAGCACUUUGUCCGAUCUGAACGGUGAUGAGAAGUUCGAGUCAUCCUACCUCGGCCAAGCAGGCGAGGUUAGCCAAGAGCGGAUCUCGGAUGAUGAGUGUAUUCUCAUCAAGGACACCAAGAUCCACACAUCGGCCUCCAUCAUCCUCCGCGGAGCCAACGAGUUCAGUCUGGAUGAGAUGGAACGCUCCGUUCACGAUACCCUUUGUGCCAUAAAGCGUACUCUGGAGAGCGGCAGCAUUGUUCCCGGUGGCGGUGCCGUUGAGACUGCUCUUCACAUUUACUUGGAGGAAUUUGCAGUGACUGUGGGCUCGCGUGAGCAACUUGCAAUUGGCGAAUUCGCCCAGUCCCUCCUCGUCAUCCCCAAGACCCUGGCUGUCAAUGCCGCCAAGGAUUCAUCGGAGUUGGUUGCCCAGCUUCGCGUCCGCCACGCCUUAUCACAGCGAGUGCAGGACGGCGAUGCGAACGCGGAGGAGAAGGCCAUUGCUAAGAGGAAGACCUACCGUAACUACGGUCUGGAUUUGAUGAAGGGACGGGUUCACGACACUUUGAAAGCCGGUGUUCUCGAGCCAAGCAUGAGCAAGGUCAAGCAACUCAAGAGUGCUGUCGAGGCUUGCAUUGCCAUUAUGCGUAUCGACACCAUGAUCAAGCUGGACCCUGAGCAGCCUAAGGAUGAUGGUCACGGCCACUAG